AUGCUACUACUCGGCGGAGCCUGGUUCAUCGCUUGCACGAUAGUCAACGGUUUCGUACCGGGCUUUAUCGCUUUCAACAUCCUCCGAGCUCUCUCAGGUAUCGGUGGAGCAUUCAUACUACCAAAUGGCGUUGCAAUGAUUGGGAUCACGAAUCCACCAGGCAGCGGACGCAAUGUCAGCUAUGGAUUCUUUGGCGCCUCGGCACCAAUAGGUGGCUAUCUUGGAGGCGUCCUUGUGGGCGUCUUUAUCGAGUACUACAAGAUGGAGUGGUGCUUUCUGCUGCUCGCUCUGUUCACGGCAGCAGUACUACUGCCAUUGUGGUGGCUCUUGCCUCCCGAGAGCCCUGUCGAUAAAGGAGGAGCCGUGGACUGGCUGGGAGCUGUACUUGGCACCAGCGCUCUGAUACUUUUCAACUUCGUCUGGAACCAGGCACCCGCAGUGGGGUGGCAGUACCCCUACGAGAUAGGCGGUCUGGUUCUGUCACUGGCUCUCCUGGCGGCCUUCGUGUUAUGGGAACGCUUCGUGGAUUCUCCAAUUAUGCCACCACAUAUCUUCAACAAACAACUAGGCGUCCUGCUGUUUGUCGUUCUACUGAACUACAUGUGCAUUGGUACGACCAUCUGGUAUGGCCUCUCGUGGUUGCAGAUUGUACGAGGACAGUCAGUCUUGACGAGCGCACUGGGAUUCAGUCCAUUUGUGGUAUGUGGGACGUUCGCUGCAGUCUUCGCUGGCUGGCUCGUUCCACGGCUUGCUGCCCAGUGGGUCCUAGCCAUUGGAGCCGCGAGCGCCGCCUCCGCAGCACUCUUGAUUGCAACAAUGCCGGUGCAAGAGACCUACUGGGCACAGGUCUUUCCUGCAUGGAUCCUCAUGGCGUUUUCGCCGGACCUGGUCUACACUGCUGCUCAGAUCAUUGCAAGCAAUUCGGUCGGACGUAGUGAGCAAGGUGUCGCUGGAUCGUUGAUCGGAACGCUCAAUCUAUUCGGGUGCUCACUUGGCCUUGGGUUUGCAAGUACCAUCGAGACGCAAGUGAAUCGAUCAAGAACCAAUCGCGUUCUCGGAUACCGGUCAGCACUUUGGUUCGGCUUCGCCAUUGCUAUAAACGCGCUUCUGCUUGAUGUCUUAUUCGUCAGGCGAGCAAAGGACGAUCGCGAAGGUUGGGACGAUGACCUUGACACCGACCUUGUACACCACGCAAACGAUGUCGAUGGAGCCAACGCCACAGGCGUAGAAGUCAUCAGCCUGGACGCUCGUUCUGAGCAGGAGGUGUGA